CUUUAAUAUCACUAUUAUCUUAAUCGAUGACCAACAAUAGCUAAAGAAAGUUACCAACAAAUGGUACUCAAUAGCAUAACAAAAUACUAUAACAUUUCUAAUAAUAUAGCGGGACUAUCACUAUUUGCUAUUACCAAUCUCAUGAUGCCACUUGGUUGAGAUGGCUUGAUGUCUUAGUAGCACGUUUGGAAUAAUCAAAACUAUUCCAUGCUAACAUUCAAGUAUUUAGGUUUCGAAGAGUUGGAACAAAGGAUAAUAUUAAAUGCUUUGUAGCGUUCAAACUAAAGUCUCACAAUAUGAAGGGAGUGGUAUCUGAUAUCACUCGAAAAAGGUAAGGUGGCAGGUCCUAGGCAAUGUAACAUAUGCGUCAUAUGGAACAUCACGUAUCAAUAAUAAAAAGCCUAGUAUUAUAUUAUAAUACAAAGUUCACCAUUCAUCUGCAAAUUUUGAGGAGCAAAUUUUAUUUAUCAAAAGUUAAAACUUCACAGCAUAAGUGAUAAGUAUUUGAAGCAAUUGAAAUGCACAUGUCGACUUGAUUAUGAUAGGAAAAUUCAAAAAUGCAUUAACAAUAGCUGUAAUAAUUACAAUUACAAAUACUUGACAAAUACCUGCAAAAUAAUUAAAACGAAAUCUACUAUGCUUUUAUUUCUUAUCGGAUAAGCAAACAUAGAUUUUAUAAUCUAUAUAUAUGAAUUACAUAUACAUGUCAUUUAUGUACUUAUCUUCCCUUCGACGAAUAUACUCUGACCAAGAAUGAAAGUUGCCAUAGGAAGUUGAGAAAAAAAUAAUGGGUUUACCUAUACUUUGCAUAACUUUGCAGUAAACUCUUAAUAAAAAGCAGUUCAACACAGAUACGAGUAGAAAGAUGUAGUAAUACAGAUUUAAGAUUUAUACUCAAAACACUUGUAAAUGUUCUACACUUCACCGUCAAAUGACAUCAUUAUCAACAAUUUUCCUUCUACUAAAAUAAUUGAAAAUAUUUUUGACAUACAUUCUAUCACACAAAUACACUUUUAUCAAACUAAAACAUUCUAAAGCAACUCAUUAUGCAUACAAAUAUUAAAGGAGCGCCCCACGGUUUUAUUUUUUUGUUACAAAUGUCCAAAAAUAUUCUGAUCAGCUGGUGACGGCUGAAAAAAAAUAUUUGUAACUUUUUAUUGCACUUAAAAAUAAAACCGUUGUUUUUAAAAACACUUUUUUAAAGGAGUUUAUUAUGUUGUUGCAUUGAACGAGAUCUGGUAAAGCCCGGCAACGAUUGUUUAACAAGGCUGCAUAUGCUGAUGAGACCCAGGAGGUCAUUUCCCCAGGUGGAAGUGUCAGUGCCACCGGGAGAUGUCAUUGCUCGACAAGAACGCAAUAUCCACAGUGAAGACGUCACCUGCGGCACCUGCGCAAAGUUAUGACGCGGGUAUCUCACCGAUGAUGUCACCCUGCAUCAGUAAAACUGGUCAAGCAACUCAAUAUCUCACUUGACGGACAGCACGAAGCAUCGGCGGCCAGGUGAUUCUGAUUGCCUCGAACAGACUGGUCACAUUGUGGCAGAAGCAGAGCCCAUCUUGACGGGUGAAGAAGCUGCAAAAAGACACCUCAUCCUCGCGCCACCUCCUCGUCCUUCACCGUCGCCCCAAUGAACGACCUCAACAACCCGCAGCGCAUGAACAUCCAGGGCGAUGAUGCCGGCGGCGGUGGAGACAGCCGCUGGGGCUACGUGCUGGUCGUGCCCAUGCUGUGCCUGGCCGUCUUCCGCUCGAUCUGGACGCGCAGGGCGAAGCAGAGUCGCCUGCAUGACGCCUUGCUGGCGCAGGAGGAGUUCGCGCUGGCGGGGGCGCGCGCGUCUCUGCAUGCGCUAGAGAGCGCCCUGGAGAAGCGCCAGUCCGUCUACUGCAACUGGCUGGUGCCGCGGCAGCGCCGGCGCGUCCUGGAGCGCGAUAUGCUGCGGCGCGCGCGCUCCGAGGUGGCGCUGGGCCGCAUGGCGGUGCACGACGGCCUCCUCGACAUAUUCAACAACGACAGGCACUGCGCGCAGUUCACCAACGAGGACAGCAAGCGCAACGGCAAGCUCAUGUGGGUGUACGUACAGCAUUGGCACACGCUGCUGGAGCUGCACAAGUACCAGCAGGUGCAGCAGCGUCUGCACACGGAGGAUCCGCUGGAGCCUCCGUCAGCGCGAGGAGGAAGAGUGUGAUGGUGGUGGUGAAGAGGAUGUUGUGGGUGUUGUCGCUAGAGAGCGCUGCAACGCGUUUUGGUUUCUGCCGCGUGUUGCUAUGGCAAGAUGGCCCCGACGUUUCGCUCGUUCCGGAACUACCGUAGGAGCUCCUGACGCGUGGCAGCGAAACGUUGGACGUCACGCCGUAUAACGCGUGCGGUACAAAUCCGAAAACGCAUCGGCGAUACGUUCAGCGAGGCUUUUAGCAUUGGAAUGGGCGAUGACCGAAAUAUGAUUGGACUGCAGUGUUGCUUUUGUUGUGGUGAUCUCCUUUGCUUUUGGGGGUGGCGGUGCAUGCUGUCUGGGUUACAAUGUAAUCAUCCAACACUCUUUUUAGUUUUUGUGAAUCUCAUAAACCUCACAGACUCAUUGUGGGGGGUAGCUACUAAGGGAUGCAGGUCACCGUGUUCUCAGGGGGUAUAAGAUGCUCCAGAAAGUCAAACUUGCCCCAUACUCGUUCCCGGUUUGGAUACAGUCAUAUACAUCACAAAGACAAAGAUCCACCCUAUAGCCUUACCAGACGGUUGGGGCAAGUGCUGUUAGCGAGCACCUAUGAAGGCCGGAACGGCACACGAGGGGGUGGGUGGCCAGCACCAUGCCCCGGCCGCCUUUGUCUCCCAAGUGGCGAUGUUUACACACCGCACCAGGUACUCAUUUAAAGCUGAGUCGACCUACAAGAGGCCUGGGACCAGUUCAAAUAAGAGUGGAUGGUGUUGCUCGGGAAUUGAAGUCUGGUUGCCCGGUUUGUAGCGCAGCGCGCUAACCACUACACUAACCACAUCACUACCGCUCUCCACUAACACUGACACACGUGGCUGUCAGAACAUAAAAUGCACCACCUACUGUUAGUUUAAAAUACACGGGUAGCGGGGGGAGAUGUGUAUUGUAAUCCGGAGAAUACGGUAACAAACAUUUUCGCGUUAAACCUAAUCAGAGCUCACGUAUUUUGCCGCAAGCAAGCGCUCGAUUGCAAUUGACUUUCAGUACAUUUUUACAUUGUAGACUAAAAAACUGAAAUAAAAUUUAUAACGUUGGUGAUCCAUGACGUCAGUGGCGAUGCAUUGAAAAUUGACAAUCUGCUGAUGCUGCUGUGCACGACGCAUCGGUGAAAGGGCGGUCGUUAAUCCGUGCUACCUCUUUUCCACUGGCACAACCAAAGCGAGCCGGGACUGUGCCAAUCCUGCCCGGCACGGCUCGGCAAGUGCGGCGUUUGUGUCUUUGAACUGCGGAAGCCGAGCCGGGCCACGCCCCCGGCGUUGCGCGCAACGUGUGGAUGCGGCGAUGCCGAGUUAGAAUCGUACUGAUCGGUGUCAUGGCGCACUGCGCGCGUCAUUAGUCCCUGCCCCCUUUGGACCCGGCUUGGCCACCGAGCCACCAUUUGGCUGUGGCUCGGCUCGGCAAAUAGCCCAGAGAAACGCCACACUGCAGCCUUAAAAGGAAAAAAUGUUUACCAUGCGACAUUUUGGGCAAUGGCACCUUGUUAGUUCCCUCCACAUUUAGAGUCAACACACGUUUCGUCUAUUUACAUUAUUUUUGCAGCUAUAAAUGAACCUUAUGGCGGGACCCUGGGGUCCCAUAAGCCUCCGGCUCUCACGUAAACAUUAUUUUAUAAUGUAAACAAAAACUUUGCUCUUUUUCACCAAUGGGUUUUAAGGAUGAUGGCAAGUGUUGUCUUG